UGAUAAUGAAAAACUUUUUGGUUGUGAACCUACGUGGAAGCUUACUUCGAAGCAUAUGUGUUUCACCUCCAUGAAGAUAAAAAAAUCUAAUGUGCUAAAGAUAAAUACACAUCUAUAAAUAAGAACAUGUUACAUAUAUCAUGACAUACUUAAGUAUAUGAUCUAAUAUACUUCCUCUAUAGUAACCAUUAUAUUUGAGAACACAAACACACACAUACUGACAUAUAUAUAGCUAGUAAUUUCAUGGGAGAGCCAAGCACUGAGAAUAAUAAUAGCUUCAUGGGGAACCAUGGCGCGGCCAGUUCUAUCUACAGAGGAGUUCGCAAGCGAAAAUGGGGCAAGUGGGUGUCCGAAAUUCGUGAACCAGGCAAGAAAACAAGAAUUUGGCUCGGAAGCUUUGAGACUCCGGAGAUGGCAGCAGCCGCCUAUGAUGUGGCGGCCCUGCAUUUCAGGGGACGUGAGGCGAGGGUCAAUUUCCCUCACCUCGUUGACUGCCUACCCCGACCGGUGAGCUCGAGUUCGGAGGACAUUCGCAUAGCGUCUCAGGAGGCGGCGUUGAGGCUGAGAAGUGGGACAGUGGGUCCUUCCACAGUGGAGGAGAUUGGUGGCUCCGGCUCUGAUGGUAUGGGUAUGGCGCCUGUCACGGUUCGGCUUUCGCCGAGCCAAAUUCAGGCAAUCAACGAGUCUCCGCUUGACUCGCCAAAGAUGUGGAUGCAAAUGGUGGAGGAGUCAGCGGUGUUUGGAUUCAACAAUGGUGAUCAGGAUAAUGAUCAGUACUGGGAUCAUGGUGAUUAUGAGGAUAUGCAUAACGAUUCUCUUUGGGAUCCUUAACUAAUUAACCUAUAUAUUAUUGUUAGGUAGCAAUAGUAUUUUUUUUUUCAUAAAUUAUAUACAACAAAAUAUAAUGACGUAACAUUAAUAAAUAAAACAUAUUGAAAAUUAAUUAAGAUUAUUUUCAACGUCCUAUAUAUUAUAUAAUUACGAGGCCGGGAGUCAGUUUUAUAUAUAUAGAGAUAUAUAUAUAUAUAAUAAGUAUUUGUUUUAGUGAUUAUAUAUUGGUUAUAACAUGAUCAGCUUAUAAUAAUUAGCUAGUAUUGAAGAUUUGGGUUGGAUUUGUUACAUUGUGCGAGUGAUUUUGUUUUCAGCAGGUUUUACAAUAAGCAUAUUACAAUUUGAAGUUUUCAUGAUCAGAUAUUGGAUAGUACUGUAUACUUUGUUUUCGAGGGAGAAAGUCCAUUUGUAAUAUUAUAUUCUCAAUGGGAGCUGAUUUUUUUGGGGUCCCACUUUUAUAGAAAAAAAACAAAGGAAAAAGAAAUGAUGAAAUUAGUUCUUGCUUAUUGGUUGGCACCAUCAAGCUAGAUUUUUUUUUUUUAAUUCUUUUUUUUUUUUUGAUAGAGAAGCUAUAAUUGUGGUUUGGUAGCCAGGUGCCUAUUAUAUGUGCUAUUAUGUAUGUGUGAAGUGAUAUUGGUUUGUUGGGUAACACACCAGUGUUUCAUGUUCCUAUCAUUGGCUUCUAUUUAUGGAAGGGUCUCGUGUGUGGUUAUUAAUUUAUUUUAUUAUUACUAUUGUUAUAAAUAUUAAUAAUUAUGUGGAUGUCUAAAUCUUUUAUUUAUUACCAUGAAUUGUAAUCAACAUUCAUCUUUUCCUUAGUUUCUCUUUUUCUUAGUUUCUUAAUAUCCCACUCUUGUAUUUGUAUAAAUAGGGGUUCACCCCAUUGGAAUAAACAACUCAGAAAUUCUCAUUCACUUUCUCUUUCUCUCUUCAUCUUCUUCUUCUUUCUUCUCAUCUACUUUAUAUUAUUUUAUAUUAUUUUAUAACACGUUAUCAGCAUGAGUCUCUGCCCAAGCUUCAAGCAUGAAUCUCUGCCUAAGACCCAAUGUAAGUAUUUUGUUAAAGUUCUUGAAUUGUUUCAAAGUCACGAUACACUAAAUAUAUAUUUAUAUAUAUACUCAUGUGACUGAAACAAUUUCAAGAAUCAUUUAGUUUCUUUUUUCUUUUUAUCUAUAUAUCUAUAUAUUAUAUAUGUAUGUAUAUGUUUUUAUAUAUUUAUUAUUAAUUUCAUAUAUAUAUAUUAUGUUCUUAUCAUUCAUAAUAUUUACAAUAUAUGUGUGCCUAUGAUAUGAUAGAGAAAAUCUAUAUAAAUUAUACAUAUAUCCAAAAGAUUAUGUAUUAUCGAUAAAUUAUUGCAUAUAUCCUAAAGAUUAUGCAUCAUCGAUAAAAUAUUGCAUAUAUCCUGAAGAUUAUGCAUCAUCGAUAAAAUAUUGCAUAUAUCCUAAAGAUUAUGCAUCAUCGAUAAAAAAUUGUAUAUAUCCUGAAGAUUAUGCAUCCUCGAUAAAAAAUAUUGCAUAUAUCCUGAUGAUUAUGCGUCCUCAAUAAAAUCUUGCAUAUAUCCUGAAGAUUAUGCAAACGUAAUAUUCAUUAUAUAGUUGAUGGAUAUAUAUUGAAAGAGAUGAAUACAUAUUUAUAUAUAUGUUCUUAUAUUCUUUGAGGACAAUGAAAAGUAAUCUAAUAUCGAUAUAGAUUUUGACAAACAUUUCUUGAAGUAAAUGUUUUAUAUUUGUCAAAAAAAAAAAUGAUUGUAUUUAUGUGAAUACAACUAAAGAAUCAUUAAAAAUGAUUAUUAUUGAUGCAAUUUUAUAGUGGGUUUUGAAUAUCCAAAAAGAAUGUUAAGAAAAUUGCAUUGAAACAUCAAAGUAUAAGAAUAACAAUGAACAUGACUAAUGUUAUUUAAAUACAUGAGGCAUGUAUUUAUUGUUAAUCAUUCCUUGCAGAGAAUGAUACGAAUUGAAGUCAAUUACUUUUAAAGAUUCCUCGUAUUAGUCAUGUUAUUAUACAUUGUUAUUACUUGCAAUGUUGGAAAUUAUUGAAUCUGACAUAUAUUAAAGAUUAAAUUUUGCAUACAUCUUGGAGACUAUGCAAAAAUUACAUUCAUAUAUUCUUUGAAAUAUCGUAAAAGAAAUUGUUGAAUAAUUUCUUAUAUUUUUAUGGAUGAACAAGUAAUAAAUUUUUAAGAAAUUUAUAAUAAUGUUCUACUUGUUCAACGUCAUUCCCCGAAGUGAAUGUAAUGAUUUUAAAUAAUCAAUGACAUUAUUUACUACUCAAAUAUUUCCAAAAAAAAAGUGGAAACAACCAAAAGAUGAGAUACCACACACAAUCAAAGUGCAUGAAAUUUAUAUAUCAUGUGUGGAAUUGAAUAAUAGUGGUCGCGUACCUGUAGUACGGAAACACUUAUAAUCAAGAUAAAAGUAUACUUGAUUAUUUAAUAGAAUGUGAAUUGUACAAACUUAUUGUACAUUUAGAAUAUUUAAAUAUCAUUACCUAAAGAGAAUGAAUAGGCAUGAAAUUCUAUUUCAAAGAAUAUAGAUUUCACAUAUAUUGGUAAUGCCAGAAGCAAAUUAAUAUAUACAUAUUUUAUUAUUUCUUAAAAUCAAUAGUUUCAAACUAUUGUUGGUACAUGAUAUGUAAAUAUAUAGUUACUAUAUAAUUCAGUUUGCAUAUUCCCAAAAGUGAAUAUAUAAUUUACUAAUAUUUGUUAGUGAUCCAAUAUAAUCAAAGUGAUAAAGAAUCACAAAAUGAUUAGUUGAAAAGCUUCCUGAAGAAGUCUUACAUACAAUUGCUACUUUUAGUAGUAAAAUUUCUUUUUAUGUACCUAGAUGUGUAACUUUUAUCUAGUUUUGAAAGUGAUAAUAAAUAACUUAUUAUAUGUACUUGUUGUACAUUUAAAUAUAUAAUAUAUCAAGUCAUGAUAAUUAGACUGAUGAAUAGUCUAUUAAUAAAUUAGACGACUUGUUAAAAAGAUAUCAGGAAAAAUGAAUGAUAUGUUAUGGUUAUAUCUAUUUGACCAUUACAAUAACAUGAUGAAGUUGUCAUGUAUCUUUUAAAUUAUACACAUCAUUGAAUUGAUGAUAGUGAUUCCUGAAGAGUGUAUAUGUUUUGGAGAAUAAUAUAAUUAUAUUAUUCGUGUAUAUAAAAAUGAAACUUGUAAUGAUUAUGUUGUAAUGAAUUUACAUUACAUUUUGAAAGUUUCAUUGAAAUACAAAUUAUAGUAAACCUGAAGUUCAUGAAUUGAAUUAUUUUGACAUGAUCAAUCAUAUGCAAUAAAUUGUCAAAAAAUUUGACUAAAUUUUGUUGAAGAACCAGAAGAUUCUUCUCAUUGUUAAUUUAUAAGGCUCAAAAGAAAAAUGUGCAUAUAUUUGCACAUAGAAAAUAUUUAAAUUAUAUUUCCUUAACAAUCUUGAGCUAUUGUUAGAUUUUUAUUGCAUAGUUUCUUAUCGAUGUGAUAAGAUUAUAUAAUCAUGCAUUUACAAAAUGUGUAAAUUUAUGUAUUUCUAAUUAUACACGUAUGACUCAUUCUUAGAAAUGAAUUAAAUUCAUAAGGAUUGAACUUGAAACUGAAGUUUAUUGAACCUGAAGUUCAAUGUCAUAUAGUAUAUAUGAGUUUAAACAAAUAUUGAUUCAUUGUGAUAUACUGAAAUCCCUACAGGUAUAUUAAUAUUAUUAGAUAUCACAAUUUUUAAAAAUUCUCUCGAUCAGGGGGAGAGAAGCAGUUGGGAUCGAUGAUAAUUUUUGAAAAAUGAUCCUUGCACAAAGUAUAUAAGAACAAUAUAGUUCAAAAUGAUAUAUACCAACUGCAAAUCAAUAUUAUUCAAAGUUGAGAUAGAAUGAGUUGAAAACGCCUGAAGCGUAAAUGAACAAUGUAGAAAUUAUUAAUAAAUGUUCAUUUGAUUUGCCCUGAAGUUGUUAAAUCUAGAGGUACUCAUGGAGAUACCUUAAUGUUAUAAAGUAUUAAAAUGAUAACCGUGAUGAAAAUGGUACUCGAAAAGACUCCCAAGAGAAGUUAGACAUAACACAUUUGAUCAUAAUUGAAUCCCUGAAGUGAUUCUAUAUAGGUACCUAUAAAUGAUAAACAAAUUUGAAAAAUAUGUAAUUUAAAGAGAUCUCUAUAAGUUAUGUCAAUAUGGGAGGAAAUUAUCAUUUAUUGAAAUUUGUGUCGACAAUAAAUAUUGAAUGUUUGCAUAUGUAAUAAACUAACAUGAGAUAGCAAGGAUCAUGGUAUUAGAUUUGUCGAGAAUCAUCGACAUACAUUUUGAUUUUUGGCCAAAAUAUUAUGACUGUUGACCGAGGUUUUCGGCAACUAUUAAAAUAUAAUUAUAAUGAUGAGCUGUAAGAAAGUGAGAUGAAGACUUUUUACGUGGUUGGGGCGUUAAUGAGCCUUAGUCCACGAGCCACUGCUAUUAAUGGAUGUAUUUAAUACAGAUUCUACACUUGAGAGAAUGUUUUUCUCUUAAAUAGAGAGAAUGUUCUUGGUGAGUUUGUUCUCUUCUUGCUCUUUUAGCAACCAAGAUUCUCGACCCCAUUAAAUGAGCUUUGAGGGGGUAUUUAUAGUGUUUUGGUGGGGUAAUCCCUAGAAUUGUUCUUACACAUGUGUCUGUAAGUAUCCAUAAAGUUGGGCAUUUCCGAUGAGUAUACCAUGGGUGAUGCAUGGUCAAAUCCCUAGGUGCCGUAGGGUUUUUAUGGAGAAUGUCCUUUUUGCCUUAUGAUUGACGUGACUCUUCGCAGAGUAGCUGUCGUUAGACUUAAAUGAUCAUUACUGUAGCACUGCUGUUUGGGGGCUGUGCCGUCAGACUUUAUUGCGUGUUACAGUCCCAACACGCUUCCUCCCAUGCAGCAUUAAAUGCGACUUGAUUUCUCGGGAGGGUCCUGACACAUCCCGGAGUGCCUUCAUGCUAUGCUAGCUUCCCGGAGUACCUUGUGCUCCGGGUGUAUCCUCCGGGACCCAUGCGAAUAGCGCUUCCUGGUGGCAUAAAAAGACUUAGCAAAUCUUCCCAAGUUAUCUGAUCCACGUGUCCCCUCUCGACUGGUCCACGUAUAUUGGGCGAAUUUAGGAGCAACAUUUACCCCCCAAGCCUUGUUUACUUAGUAAAAAUAAACCAAGGCUUGUUCAAGUGUCUCCGGUUGACCCCUCGUUUUCCUAGCUCGAGCCUUGAGCGCGU